CUCAAGCAUUCUCGAACGAACUCUCGCUUGGAGUAAAAUUUUAUUUUUGACAGGUUUAUGCUGUUUGUCAUACCAAUAGGAAUUGUAUCUGUAAUAAACGGAUAGAUAUCACAUGACUGUUACAAGAUGGGUUUAGCUAACAGUAAACAAGAGGCAUUUUGGGAAGCAUGUGGCUUUGGUCACAAAGAGCGUGUGAAAAAAUUCCUUGAGGAAGGUGUGGAUGUCAACUGGGUGUCAUAUACGCAUGACUCCUGUGCAAUCCAUGUGGCAUCCCAAGGCAAGGUGGAAAUUGUAGAUAUGCUUAUCAAAGCUAAUUGUGAUGUCAAUGUCAAAGACGAGCGUGGUUGUCUUGCCUUGCACCAUGCUGCUAUGAAUGGCUAUGCUGACAUCAUGAAGAUGCUUAUAGAGGCUGGCUCAGAGAUAGAUACACAAGACAAGAAUGGUUGGACCCCUCUACAUAGUGCAGCUUAUUGGUCACACAUAGAUGCAGUUAAUGUGCUAAUUGAAAAGGGCUGUGAUGUCAAACUGAAAAAUAAGGAUGAGCGCACAGCAUUACAUGAGGCCACCAGAAGUCCUGAGUUUUCAAGGGAAGAUGGCCUGAACCAUAUAAUCACUGCCCUAGUUGAAGCGGGUUGUGAGAUUGACCAGUACAGCAAGGAUGAGUUUGAGGGUGAGUUUACACCUCUGAUGUUUGCAGCCUACCAUGGUCACCCAGGUGUAAUAAAGUCCCUGCUUGAAGAGGACUGUGAUAUAUAUGCUCAAGGAACACGUAAAUGGACAGCUUUACAUUGGGCAGCUAAUAGGGGUCAUCCCAAGUGUGUUGAAAUCUUAUUAGCAGCUGGGGCUAAUCCUAACACUCUUGGAGAGAGGGGAGAAAGUGCAUUGGACAAGGCAAAUUCAGCCCAAGUUAAACUCUUACUAGAAGAAGCAAUGACUGAAGCCCGAGACUCAGUGUCAGUGCUGACACCUAUUGAUGAACGAGAUGCAGUCUUGUGGCCAGACAGCUUGAAUGCUUUUGUUAAGUCCAAAGAUGACUUAGAUGAGCCAGUAGAUGAGGUUGAACAGACAAUAGACAAGAAUGAUAACGAUGACAUUGUAAGGCACUCUGAACCAGAUAGAACUAUACACAGUGAUGAAACAGCUAAUGAUGAAUGUGCCAAAAUAGUGAAUGGAGGUGAUCAUGACACAAUAGAAGAUGAAAAUAAUAGGAACAAUUUAGAAGACUCUAGUCAUGCUGAUUUUGAGACAGUUAAUAAAAAUGUUCCUGCAGGGGAUAGCAUAAUGGUAGAGAAUCUCAAUAAAUCUAGUAUUGAAUCUAAAAACACAGAAUCUACGCUCAGUGAAAAAACUGAUAUAUGUAAUUAAACUCAAACUGUAUUACUUAAAUGGUAAUCUGGGUGAUCUUUUUUCGCUAAAUUUUGGAAACCAUCUAAAUGAUGAUUUUUUAUGAAUGAGUAUUAAUGGCAUGUAUUAACUCUUAGUUUUGCAUCAAGCUCCUGUUACUCUCCCCCAUUGAUCUCAGACACUGCAUGUAGUGGUGGGACAGAUAAUCUUACAUCAAACUCUCAUUACCUUUCCCUGUUGAUCUCAGUGGUGUAACAUGGCAUCUGAUGCAAAACUAAUUUGCUCUUAUAUAAACUAGGCCUACUAAUCAUGUGCAAUUCUAUUAUCAUAAAUAUCUGAAAUAUGUAUUGAUUCCAUAAUCAUGUAUAUGUGCAUUAUAUCAUUUUUUAUAUAUAAUUUAAUGAUAAGUGGGAUAAAUCAUGAAGUGUGCAAACUAUGCUUUUUAGCAUACAGCACUGUAGUUGAAUUCAAACGAAAAGUAGUGAUGCUAAAUAUGUAUAGACCAAAAGAAGUCAUGCAAGUUCUAAGCCAUAAUCACCUUUUCAUAAAGGAUCAGUAUGAACAAAUAGAUGAAGAUUGUGUCAAUAUUUAAUCAAUUUUAUAUUUCCAAGAGAUGCUUCAUAAAAUGACCUGAGUUUGCUUCAACUUUAGGAUUAUUACUACUAUUAUGUUUAUUAGUAUGAACAAAUACAUGUAGAUGAAGAUUGUGUCAAUAUUUAAUCAAUUUUAUAUUUCCAUCUAUGCAUCAUAUCUAAUGAAAUAUUUACAGGUACAUAAAUCACAUUCAUACAUUAUUACCAUGGGCUUUCUAAAGACGCAUAUUAUAAUUAAUUGGUAUUUAAUUAUUAUAUUUCAUUAGAGAAAAUUAGCAGAUCUUGAUGUGACCUACAUACUAGCCAUCUUUUUAAAAAUAUUCUAGUCCCAGGUUUUACUAAUAGAGAUUAUAGGAAUGGUAGGUACUCAUAAAUAGCCAGUAAAAUCUUAUAUAUAAUUACUGCAGUGUGUAUUGAUUUACAUUAUUGUAUUAUCAUAUACUGGUUUCUAUACAGGGUGGUCAAAAAUUGGAAUCCCUUGUGUUAUUCUCUUCAUAUCUUUUCAUAUCUCAGUCUUAUGGUCAUGAAAUAUUGUAGG